AUGGACCUCAAAGUAGAAUCCGAAGAAAUAGACUGCAACCAGCCGCCCACCGUUGAGGUUUUUGCGCAAAACUCAACCCUGCACGGAAUUUCGCACAUCUUCACCUAUGAGAGGGUCUGCAUCAAGCGCUGUCUAUGGGUCGUGUUCUUCCUGGGCUCCUUGACUUUCUUACUGUUUGUGUGCGUGGACCGAAUACACUUCUACCUGGAGUACCCACACGUCACCAAACUGGACGAGAUCUCGACCCCGGUGAUGGUGUUCCCCGCUGUCACGUUCUGCAACCUCAACUCGUUCCGCUUCAGUCGCGUGACGCGAAAUGACCUGUACCACGCAGGGGAGCUGCUCGCGCUGCUUAACCAGAGGUGCUGUAAACAAGUGACAAAAUGUGGAUGUGCAGUGGCACUCUAUUCCCUAUAGAAUGCACUAAGUUACUUUUGGCCGGAGCCCUGAAAUGAUACCCUAUUCCCAUGUAGCCCUGGCCAAAACUAUACAGGGAAUAGGGUGCCAUUUCAGAUGCAGCAAAACAUUUCAAUAGUAAGGUAUGUUGGUGAAAACACCCCCUUAAGGAAAAUGUCUAUAACACUUCCCACUGGGAAAAAACUGGUUGAAUCAACGUCGUUUCCACAUCAUAAUAAAUAAAUAAAUGUGAUGACAUUGAAUCAAUGUGGAAAACAAAUUGGAUUUGCAAAAAGUCAUCAAUGUAAGGGCAUUUCGUCUUUUUUUUCACCCAAAUUUUAACCUACAUCCAAUGAUGGGGAAAUGUUUAGUUGAUUUCUCGUUGAAUUCACGUUAGUUGACAACUCAACCAAAUUUAAAUCUAAACUAGACGUUGAACUGACAUCGGUGCCAAGUGGGUUGUGUAUUAACCCCACUACAAUCAACACUUAGAUGUAACACUCACAACACCUUUACACCGAGAUUUUAACACUUGUACAUUUGUUGUGUAUCCUUAGGCAUUUUUUGUCAUUUUUAAGAGAAAUAAGUCGGCAGAAUUAAUAGUUUUUUUGUUAUUUUAUAAAAACAGAAACUUUGAAAGGGUGUGUUUUUCCCAAAACAUACUCACCAUAAAUGUACUACUUUAUUAAAACUGAUGACACCAUUUUUCUCUAUAAACAAGUGGAUGAUUUAUCUUUAGGCUCCCCUACUGGUAUAUAUAUAAAAACAAGUUCAUAGAUCGAACUUAAUUAGAUUACAUAUAUAACUUUUUCUAAAUAACAAAGUAUUACAUACAUUUACGUCAAAAUAUUCCAUAAUCAUGUAUAUAUAUUUAAAAAAAGUUCAUACAUUGCAUUAGAUUGCAUACAGUGAGCUCCAAAAGUAUUGGGAAAGUGACACAUUUUUUGUUGUUUUGGCUCUGUUCUCUAGCACUUUGGAUUUGAAAUGAUACAAUGACUAUGAGGUUAAAAUAAAGACUGUCAGCUUUAAUUUGAGGGUAUUUUGAUUCAUAUCGGGUGAACCGUUUAGAAAUUACAGCAUUUUUUGUACAUAGUCCCCACAUUUUAGGGGAACAAAAGUAUUGGGACAAAUUCACUUAUGUGUAUUUAAGUAGUAAAAAGUUAUGUAUUUGGUCCUAUAUUCAUAGCACGCAAUGACUACAUCAAGCUUGUGACUACACAUUUGUUGGAUGCAUUUGCUGUUUGUUUUGGUUGUGUUUCAGAUAAUUUUGUGCCCAAUAGAAAUGAAUGCUAAAUAAUGUAUUGUGUCAUUUUGCAGUCACUUUUAUUGUAAAUAAGAAUAGAAUAUGUUUAUAAACACUUCUACAUUAAUGUGGAUGCUACCAUGAUAUUUGUGCAUCUGAAACUUUCUCACCCAUUAUUAUUCACGAUUCAUUCAGGAUUAUCGGUGGUAGCAUCCACAUGAAUGUAGAAGUGUUUAGAAACAUAUUCUAUUCUUAUUUACAAUAAAAGUGACUCCAAAAUGACACAAUACAUUAUUUACCAUUCAUUUCUAUCGGGCACAAAAUAAUCUGAAACACAACCAAAACAAACAGCAAAUGCAUCCAAGAAAUUUGUCACAAGCUUGAUGUAGUCAUUGCAUGCUAUGAAUACUUUAAUACACAUACAGUAUAACUGAAUUUGUCCCAAUAGUUUUGGUCCCCUAAAAUGGGGGAGACUAUGUACAGAAAGUGCUGUAAUUUCUACACGGUUACGCUAAAAUUAAAGCUGACAGUCUGCACUGUAUCAUUUCAAAUCCAAAGUGCUGGAGUACAGCACCAAAACAAAUACAAAAAUGGUCACUGUCUCAAUACUUUUGGAGCUCACUGUAUAUAACUUUUUCUAAAUGACAAAAUAUGACAUACAUUUACCUCAACAUCUUUUGUUGGAGUGACUUAAGAAAUUGAGAUGAGACAGAUUUUUAGUUGAGCAAGAGUAGUGGGAGCCAGGGAAAGUUUUGGAAUAAAAUUGGUGACAUGAAAUGGUUUCUGUGAAAAUUACAGGUUGGGGGCAAUUUACCCCGGUGGGCGAGAGGGGGGGAAUCAAAGAGAGUUCAUUAAUCAUAGUCAGUAGUUACCUCAAGGUUGUUACAUCCUCAGGAAGCACUUUGUCACUUUGUCACUCUGAUACUUCCAUUUCCUUACUGUUGGUGAGUCAUGCCAGCCACGCUUAGAGAGAAAGCCCCGAUUAGUCUGCCUUGGAUGGAUGAGCCGAGAGGGCUUUGCCGUCACAAAACCCCAGAGAAGAGCAGCAGCAGCUCACUGAGAGAACGGUAUUAACGCCUCGCUCAUUGGUCCACAGCUCCAUGCAGUCUCCAACUUGGAAUGCUGGAAAAGGGCUCUGAUUGCUCUGAUUAACAUGAGCCCAAGUUAAACCAUAUUUGAAAGAAUGCAUUUAGUUGACUCUCCAGACCGCCCUCCACAGUCUUUUCUGUAUAUUGUGAUUUUAGUCCCUGCAUUCCAUCAAACUCUUGGGAUUCAUUGUUACCCAACUCCAAACCUAUAGUUGCUUGAUGUUUCCACCAGGAAUGACAGACAAGGUAUAGUUAUCUAAAGUAAAAAUUGUUUAUAUUGUAAACAGUAACAGACCAUUUGGCCUAGGUCUGUGAACUAGACAUGGGCAGGAAGAGGAGGGGUUGGGGGGGGGGGGGGGGGGGGGGGGGGGGGGGUGUAUCAUAUUUCCAUACAGACAGUUUAUGAGUAAUACCAGCCUGAGACACUGCUAUCCCCAUGGUGUCAGUUGUCUCUGAAAUGUCAGUGCUGAUGGCUGAUGAGCCAAUCACAGCAGCCCUGUCUGACUCUGCAUCUCUCCCUGUUUGAUUGUUGACGCCUGCUGGACUCAGCGGCAACAGCUGCUGCAUUUCAUCAACACACACAUCAUCUGAGGUGGACAUACAGGAAGCACACACACACUCACACACACUUAAGUGGUGACUCAAGCAACAGGAAGGACUGUCACUGGACAGAGAGAAAAGACAGCAGAGAGACCGAGAAAGAGAGAGGGAGUGAAGUGACGAGAGAUAGAAUGAGGGAGCAGAUGAGAGAUGGCUGAAAAAGAGGGAAAGAAAAACUAGAACUGAUAGAAUUAGGGAUAUAAAUGAGGAAAUCUAAAAUAACAUUUUGUUAUAGGGCCCAGCAGGCGCCAGUGUGUUUGGUGGAUUGGUUUUCAUUCACGGAUAAACGUCCCCAUUUCGUCAUUUAUGACAAUUCCACACUGUCACUAAAAUUAGCACUUCAGUCACGGUGGUAUGGCUGAUGAAAGCUUUGUACAAUGUACCAUCUGGUGUAGGUUUCUGUUUCUUGAGAGAUAGAAAUAGUACAUUUUUGUGAAUUAAGCUUUAUGAAUGAAUACAUCUCUUUAUCCUCCCUCUCAGGGGAAGAAACUUGUGUCACAUUAUCAACAGGGAUCAGUUCCAAUGUAAAAUCAUAUGACAACAGACCCAGUAUCUGUUUGAAAUGGUAGACCAACAUUCCAUAAUCUCGUGGGCACUUGGUCUGAGGCAACAUUUAUAUUGUUAUGUUGAACCCAUAGUCUUCAGAAAAUAAAUAACUCGGAAGAUGAGAUAAAAGGGCAAGCUUUUCAUUUCCCAAGAGGGAGAAUUUAAGAAUAGCUGUUUUCAAAAAGUCUCAGCUUUUUCCAAUUAGGGAGUCACUGAGAAUGGUUGCUUAGCAGAGAGGGAAAUAUCCGGCUUUCUUCCACAGUCCCACUACUUUAAAAACACUUGACUUGUUUGGCGAAUUAGAGUCGGUGCUUAUUCACUUAUACCGUCUCCCAAGGUAGGGAGGCGAUGUAGUUAUUCCCUCAUUUGUUAAGCCCUUAUCCAGAAAUGAAAGCACUUUUGGCGUGAAAUCCAAUUGAAGGUCUCGCUCUUCUUAUCAUCUCUCUCUCAGGAGAGUAGAGAGAGAGAGAGAUAGAUGUAUAGAUAUCUCUGUACGCUCUCAGCUGCUAUCUCAUCCUCUUCGAUCUCUCGCUAUCUCUAUUCCUCUCUAUCUCCUCUCUCUCUCUCUCUCUCUCUUCUCUCUCUUCUAGCUCUCUCUCUCGUCUCUCUCUCUCUCUCCUCUCUAUCUCCUCUCUAUCCUCUCUCUCUCUCUCUCUCUCUCUCUCUCGCUCUCCUCUCUAUCGCCUCUCUCCUCUCUGCUUCUCCUAUCUUAGACUCUCUCUCACUCCUCACGUCUCCUUGUCUCUGUCUCCUUGCUCUUCUCUCUCCCCUCUUCCCUUGUCACGUUCAGUGUUUGCCAUGGCUGGUCUGGAGAAAUGUCUUGUGGCGUGAUAUUAAAACUCCAUCCAUACUGGGGGAAAAGUGUCAGCCGGGGCUGAUUCUGUCAGGCUUGUGUGUGUUCGGGAUUUUAUUUAAUAAGUGCACACUUGGCAGCUUUGUCCACUGCAACAACAUUGGGGAGCAAAGGUCUCAACUCAAUUAAGUCCUCCUUUAAUCAACGGAAGCCUGAGAUGGCACUUAGCAACAGCCAGAGAGAACAUCUAAAUUGGAUCAGAUCAGUACCUUCCGAGGUACUGGGCCAUGCUCUCACCUCAUCGGCAUAAGGUGAACCAAAAUAUGAACCAAAAUAUGAGAAGUGGAAUAGUAGGUAGGCGAUUCAAUGUUUAAUGGCUUUCAGUUUGAUGAUUCUGGCUUUCUACUGAACUUAGAUUACUCAGGGGAUUUGAUGGCCCCGUAACCCCUAGUGUUUUUAUAUAGAUUGGCCACAGACUUUAAUGCAACACACUACUUUUGAGAUUUGUUGUGUGUCCAUUCACACUGCCAAUACCAAUUGUUCCUGAGCAGAAAUCUGACUGUAAGCCCCUUCUUAUGAGCCAAACCUAUUUGAAAAAGCCUAAAUCCUGCUCAUUCUUUUACAGCCCUAUAAGGUUUUGACUUGUUUAAUGAUACCACAGCACGGCAUCGCCAAGUCAAUAUGGAGCGUGCCAGUUGACAUUAUGCUGCUAUGUAUUCAUGCUGGGCAGCAGGAAAACAUCAUGGUCAGAUUUAGCUGGCCUCUCGGCUGCUCUAUUAAAAGAUGAACUCCCACUGAUAAUGUUGUGUGAGUGGGAUGACUCUCCCUUCCCACUCUGUGACUCACGCGCAAUUAUUCUGUGUGUAGAUGGGAUAAGGACAAACACACACACAUGCACACACACACUUGUGCCUGUACGUGUGCACGCUCUCUCACACACACGCAUGCAUGCACACACGCACGCAAACACACACGCACGCAAACACACAAAUACACACAUAGGUACAUACAUGUACAGUACAUACUACACCCAGAGUUCAGUAGGCUACACACCCAAAGUAAACAUGCGUGAGGGCACUAGGUACACAUGAUUUAUAGACUUGUGGACAAACAUGCACACAAACAUGUUUUAUAAGUAACAAGGUACAUUUUAUAAGUGGACGUUGUGUGUGAGAGAGCUUUUCAUAAAGGGUAGUCUUUCCAGCCAGACUUGCAGCUGAGUUACAGUGAGGGAAAAAAGUUUUUGAUCCCCUGCUGAUUUUGUACGUUUGCCCACUGACAAAGACAUGAUCAGUCUAUAAUUUUAAUGGUAGGUUUAUUUGAACAGUGAGAGACAGAAUAACAACAAAAAAAUCCAGAAAAACGCAUGUCAAAAAUGUUAUGAAUUGAUUUGCAUUUUAACGAGGGAAAUAAGUAUUUGACCCCUCUGCAAAACAUGACUUAGUACUUGGUGGCAAAACCCUUGUUGGCAAUCACAGAGGUCAGACGUUUCUUGUAGUUGGCCACCAGGUUUGCAAACAUCUCAGGAGGGAUUUUGUCCCACUCCUCUUUGCAGAUCUUCUCCAAGUCAUUAAGGUUUCGAGGCUGACGUUUGGCAACUCAAACCUUCAAUUCCCUCCACAGAUUUUCUAUGGGAUUAAGGUCUGGAGACUGGCUAGGCCACUCCAGGACCUUAAUGUGCUUCUUCUUGAGCCACUCCUUUGUUGCCUUGGCCGUGGGUUUUGGGUCAUUGUCAUGCUGGAAUACCCAUCCACGACCCAUUUUCAAUGCCCUGGCUGAGGGAAGGAGGUUCUCACCCAAGAUUUGACGGUACAUGGCCCUGUCCAUCGUCCCUUUGAUGCGGUGAAGUUGUCCUGUCCCCUUAGCAGAAAAACACCCCCAAAGCAUAAUGUUUCCACCUCCAUGUUUGACGGUGGGAAGGUGUUCUUGGGGUCAUAGGCAGCAUUCCUCCUCCUCCAAACACAGCGAGUUGAGUUGAUGCCAAAGAGCUCCAUUUUGGUCUCAUCUGACCACAACACUUUCACCCAGUUCUCCUCUGAAUCAUUCAGAUGUUCAUUGGCAAACUUCAGACGGCCCUGUAAAUGUGCUUUCUUGAGCAGGGGGACCUUGCGGGCACUGCAGGAUUUCAGUCCUUCACGGCGUAGUGUGUUACCAAUUGUUUUCUUGGUGACUAUGGUCCCAGCUGCCUUGAGAUCAUUGACAAGAUCCUCCCGUGUAGUUCUGGGCUGGUUCCUCACCGUUCUCAUGAUCAUUGCAACUCCACGAGGUGAGAUCUUGCAUGGAGCCCCAGGCCGAGGGAGAUUGACAGUUAUUUUGUGUUUCUUCCAUUUGCGAAUAAUCGCACCAACUGUUGUCACCUUCUCACCAAGCUGCUUGGCGAUGGUCUUAUAGCCCAUUCCAGCCUUGUGUAGGUCUACAAUCUUGUCCCUGACAUCCUUGGAGAGCUCUUUGGUCUUGGCCAUGGUGGAGAGUUUGGAAUCUGAUUGAUUGAUUGCUUCUGUGGACAGGUGUCUUUUAUACAGGUAACAAACUGAGAUUAGGAGCACUCCCUUUAAGAGUGUGCUCCUAAUCUCAGCUCGUUACCUGUAUAAAAGACACCUGGGAGCCAGAAAUCUUUCUGAUUGAGAGGGGGUCAAAUACUUAUUUCCCUCAUUAAAAUGCAAAUCAAUUUAUAACAUUUUUGACAUGCGUUUUUCUGGAUUUUUUGGUUGUUAUUCUGUCUCUCACUGUUCAAAUAAACCUACCAUUAAAAUUAUAGACUGAUCAUUUCUUUGUCAGUGGUCAAACGUACAAAAUCAGCAGUGCAACACUUCGAGUAGAGUAUGGCUCAUGAUCAAGCUAGAUCCAGGUUACUACAGCUUGGUCCUUGGAAAGUUAAUAGAAAGACAGUUUGUUUCUCAAGAGUUGGGAGAAUUCAUUUUCUAUUAAUAAACCAAAACUAAAGAGAUUCACAAUCAAUUUAUUGAAUGUAAGAUCACUAUGUGCCUGUGUCUAAAAACAGUAUUUAUUCUUAUGCCAUACAUUCACAUCUUAUUCUCAAGAGCUCAAGUCUGCCCAAACUGAUUGUCAUGCUUUCAAAUUUUGUUAUUGGAAUCAAAUCAUUUUUUUUCUUUUUAGUAAUUUAGCAGACGCUCUUAUCGAGAGCAAUUAGGUUUAAGUGCCUUGCUCAAGGGCACAUUGACAGAUUUUUCACCUAGUCGGCUCAGGGAUUAGAACCAGCGACCUUUCGGUUACUGGCACAACGCUCUUAACCACUAAGCUACCUGCCGCCCCAAUUUGUCACAUGCUUUGUAAACAACAGGUGUAGACGAACAGUGCAAUGCUUACUUACGGGCCCUUCCCAACAAUGCAGAGAGAAACAAAUAUAAAUACGGUAAUAUAAAAAUAAUAACAUGAGGAAUAAAUACACAAUGAGUAACGAUAACUUGGCUAUAUACACGGGGUACCAGUACCGAGUCAAUGUGCAGGGGUACGAGGUAAUUGAGGUAGAUAUGUAUACAGAACAUAUAAACGCAACAUAUAAAGUGUUGGUUCCAUGUUUUAUGAGCUGAAAUAAAAGAUCCCAGAAAUUAACCAUAUGCAUAAAAAGCUUAUUUCUCUCAAAUUGUGCACACAUUUGUUGACAUCCCUGUUAGUGAGCAUUUCUCCUUUGCCAAGAAAAUCCAUCCAACAGACGGGUGUGGUAUAUCAAGAAACUGAUUAAACAGCAUGAUUGUUACACAGGUGCACCUUGGGCUGGAGACAAUAAAAGGCCACAAUGCCACAAAUGUUGCAAGGUUUGAGGGAGCAUGCAGUUGGCAUGCUGGCUGCAGGAAUGUCCACCAGAGCAGUUGCCAGAGAAUUGAACGUUCAUUUCUCUACCAUAAGCCGUCUCCAACGUCGUUUUAGAGAAUUUGGCAGUACGUCCAACCGGCCUCAUAACUGCAGACCACGUGCAUCCACGCCAGCCCAGGACUUCCACAUCCGGCUUCUUCACCUGCGGGAUCGUCUGAGACCAGCCACCCUGACAGCUGAUGGAACUGAGGAGUAUUUCUGUCUGUAAUAAAGCCCUGGGAGAAAAACUCAUUGUGAUUGGCUGAGCCUGGCUCCCCAGUGGGUGGGCCUGGCUCCCCAGUGGGUGGGCCUGGCUCCCCAGUGGGUGGGCCUAUGCCCUCCCAGGCCCACCCAUGGCUGCGCCCCUGCCCAGUCAUGUGAAAUCCAUAGAUUAGGGCCUAGUACAUUUUUGUGAAUUAAGCUUUAUGAAUGAAUACAUCUCCUGAUUUCCUUAUAUGAACUGUAACUCAGUAAAAUCAUUGAAAUUGUUGCAUGUUGCAUUUAUAUUUUUGUUCAGUAUACAUAUACAUGUAGGUAGGGAUAAAGUGCCUAGGCAACAAGAUAGAUAACAAACAGUAGUAGCAGUGAGUCAAAAGAGUUAGUGCAAAAAGGGUCAAUGCAGAUAGUCCGGGUAGCUAUUGGUUAACUAUUUAAAUAACUAUUUAGCAGUCUUAUGGAUUGGGGGUAGAAGCUGUUCAUGGUCCUGUUGGUUCCACUCUUGCUGCAUUGGUACCGCUUGCCGUGCGGUAGCAGAGAGAACAGUCUACGACUUGGUUGGCUGGAGUCUUUCAACAUUUUUAGGGCCUUCCUCUGACACCGCCUGGUAUAGAGAUCUUGAAUGGCAGGGAGCUCGGCCCCAGUGAUGUACUGUGCCGUCCGCACUACCCUCAGUAGCGCCUUGCAGUUAGAUGCCAAGCAGUUGCCAUAAAAAACGAUGAUUCAGCCAGUCAAGAUGCUCUCAAUUGUGCAGCUGUAGAACUUUUUGAGAAUCUGAGGGUCCAUGCUUAAUCUUUUCAGACUCCUGAGGGGGAAUAAUCGUUGUCGUGCCUUCUUUACGACUGUGUUGGUGUGUGUGGACCAUGAUAAUUCCUUAGUGAUGUGGACACUGAGGAACCUGAAGCUCUUGAACCGCUCCACUACAGCCCCGUCGAUGUGGAUGGGGGCGUGCUCAGCCUCCGUUUCCUAUAGUCCACGAUCAGCUCAUUUGUCUUGCUGACAUUGAAGGAGAGGUUGUUGUUGUCCUGGCAUCACACUGGCAGGUCACUGACCUCCUCCCUAUAGGCUGUCUCAUCGUCGUUGGUGAUCAGGCCUACCACCGUUGUGUCAUCGGCAAACUUAAUGAUUGUGUUGGAGUCAUGCACGGCCACGCAGUCAUGGGUGAACAGGGAGUACAUGGGGGGAAUAAGCACACACCCCUGAGGGGCCCCGUGUUGAGGGUCAUCGUGGCGGAUGUGUUGUUGCCUACCCUCACCACCUGGGGUCGGCCCAUUAGGAAGUCCAGGAUCCAGUUGCAGAGGGAGGUGUUCAGUCCCAGGGUCCUGAGUUUAGUGAUGAGCUUUAUGGGCACUAUGGUGUUGAAUGCUGAGCUAUAGUCAAUGAACAGCAUAUUCACGUAGGUGUUCCUCUUGUCCAGGUGGGAGAGGGCAGUGUGGAGUGCAAUAGAGAUUGCAUCAUCUGUGGAUCUGUUGGGGUGGUAUGCGAAUUGGAGUGAGUCCAGUGUGUCUGGGAUGAUGGUGUUGAUGUGAGCCAUGACCAGCCUUUCAAAGCAUUUCAUGGCUACAGACAGGUUACCAUGGCGUUCUUAGGCACAGGGACUAUGGUGGUCUGCUUGAAACAUGUAGGCAUUACAGACUGGGAAGAGGAAUAGCAGGAGGAAGGGUAUCAAUCUACCUCUGUUUCAAUAUGUUGAAAUAGAACGUUUGUGACUAGACUAAUAAAACGCCCUCUUUUGGACUCCUUCCUUCUCACUUUCUUUAUGUCUCUCCUUCCCUCUCUCUCUCCCUCUCUCUCUCUCUCUCUGUAUCUCUGUCUCUCUAGGUAUGAGAUCAGGGACACCCACUUGGUGGAGGAAAGUGUUCUGGAGACCCUGAAGGUCAAAGCUGACUUCCACAACUUCAAGCCCCGCCCCUUCAACAUGCGUGAGUUCUACGACCGCACAGGACAUGACAUCAAGGAUAUACUGCUGGCGUGUCAGUUCCGGGGGGGUGAGUGCAGAGCCGAGGACUUCCAAGUGGUAAGUUACCUGAAGGCCUCAGAUCAUCUUUCAAGACAAUAGUUUUAUGUACCAAAGAGAGGAAAAACAGAAGCUGCUAUUACUGUAGCUCCCAAACACGGUAUUAUGCAGUAUGUGAAUCUCCGCUCUGCCUCCCGAGUCUGUUCUGAGUAUAUUUGACUGCACCUCACAGUCAAAAUUGACCUAUUUCACAAUUAAUUUAUCUGCUUCCUAUUAAAUGUUUUGCUGUAAUGAGAGUGGUGGCCCUACUGUGCUUUGUGACUCAACCAAGCAGGAAUGCCCUCUUUUGAUCACUCACCAUGCCCACAGCCUCUGUUUGAGAGCUCUGGCAACAAACAGAAUCCCUUUUUCGUAAUGUGUUUGUUAAUUCCUUCAAACAGUGUUUGUACUGUAAUCCCUCAAACUCAGGUUGGAAGCAUGUCUUUUAUUAUUUGGGAUUUGUCCCACCAAAACAAGAGAGUGGCUGGCACGGCAUACUGUGUGGAGCUAUCCUCAGAGACUUGGUGUUCAAAGAUGCAUGUGGGAAGUGGAUGUGGAAUAUGUGGUAGAGAGGGGAUGAAAGAUGCAUGUUGAAGGGAGACAUUACAUACAGUUGUGGGAUACUGUAUGUAAUGGAUGGUAAAUGUGGGUGGCAACGUAAAUGUUUGUUCUGUAUUUACUGCAGCUAGCUACUGCUACUUCAGCAUAGGGUUUUACUCUGAAAUCUCCCACUGGGUUAAAGUCUCCUCGCCAUAAACCUGCUGCGUUGGCUGAUGAUAGAUCCUCUGCCAGUUGCCAAUAGUCUCUCAGGCAUCUUCCAUUCAUUUUCAGUCUUGGAGAGUACACUGCCUUUAUGCUGUGCUCACUGCCCCAUUGUUUAGUUUCGAUAAAAUUGUGAUUUUCUUGGACACCGUGUGGUAUCUCAACAGAGGUCAGAGAGGAGAGAGAAAAAGAGAGCUAUAGUAGUUUUCCUAUAAUGAUGAUUGGCAGAGCAUAUCAAGUCCCUUAUAGCAGCUGUGGCAAGGAAUAUUUUCUCAUUAUACUGCACAGUAUGCAUUCAUCUUUGCCAGUUUUACUAAUGUGAAAUGAACUAUGUACUUCUCCAAUCAUGGCUAACAACACGUAAGUGGUUUAGAGAGGUUGUGAUAUCUAUUAUGCAAUAUUCGUUUAUCAUAUAUAAUCUUUGCUCAUACACUGGAAUCUACAGUAUCACAACUGUCUCUGAAAAUCUUGUUGGGUGUACUGAGUGUCCAAAACAUUAGGAACUCCUGCUCUUUUCAUGACAGACUGACCAGGUGAAUCCAGGUUAAGAUAUGAUCCCUUAUUGAUGUAACUUGUUAAAUCCACUUCAAUCAGUGUAGAUGAAGGGGAGGAUUUUUGAAGCCUUGAGACAAUUGAGACAUGGAUUGUGUAUGUGUGCCAUUCAGAGGGUGAAUGGGCAAGACAAAAUAUUUUAGAGCCUUUGAACGGGGUAUGGUAGUAGGUGCCAGGCGCACCGUUUGAGUGUGCCAAGAACUGUAGCGCUGCUGGGUUUUUCACGCCUCUACGAAUUAAGGCUGUUCUGAGGGCAAAAGGUGGUGCAACUCAAAAUUAGGAAGGUGUUCCUAAUGUUUUGUACACUCAGUGUAUUUCAAAAGUUAGAUAAGUUUGCAUCAUAAAUACCGAAGGCUCAAAGCAACCUUUUGGAUUUUUUAUUUAAAAAAUAAACAUAUUUCUUAUCACAGGAUGGACAAUUUUAGGAGCGGAGUGUUUUUUAAAGUAUUUUCUCUUUAAUACAUCUUUAAAAUUAAAACCCCCGGCAGGCUGACACUGUCCUGUUCCACUCCCCUCCUGUCCUCGCAGCACUCCUCAGAUAGAGUGAGAGAGAACAAGCCAGAGAGAGAGAGAUUAUCCAAGGCCUGAGGUCAUCUGCCUUUGGCCUAAAGAGCAGGAACCUGAACUUCACCAAAUAAAUCAGAAAUACAGACAUUGUCAUCCUACAAGAAACAUGGUAUAGAGGAGAUGGACCCACUGGUGGCCCUCUAGGUUACAAAGAGCUGGUAGUCCCAUCCACCAAACUACCAGGUGUGAAACAGGGAAGGGACUCAGGGGGUAUGCUCAUGUGGUAUAGAGCAGACCUAACUCACUCUAUUCAAUUAUUCAAAAUAGGAACAUUUUACAUUUGGCUAGAAAUUCAAAAGGAAAUGAUCUCAACAGAGAAAAAUGUCCUCCUGUGUACUACCUAUAUCCCCCCACUAGAAUCCCCAUACUUUAAUGAAGACAGCUUCUCCAUCCUGGAGGGGGAAAUCAAUCACUUCCAGGCCCAGGGACAUGUACUAGUCUGUGGUGACCUAAAUGCCAGAACUGGACAAGAACCUGACACCCUCAGCACACAGGGGGACAAACAUAUACCUGGAGGUGACAGCAUUCCCUCCCCCAUAUGCCCCCCUAGGCACAACUACAUUUACAUUUACAUUUUAGUCAUUUAUGACAACAUAACCAACAAAAACGGGUCACAACUCCUGCAGCUCUGUCGCAUGCUGGGUAUGUACAUAGUCAAUGGUAGGCUUCAAGGAGACUCCUAUGGUAGGUACACCUAUAGCUCAUCUCUUGGCAGUAUUACUGUAGGCUACUUUAUCACUGACCUCAACCCAGACUCUCUCAGAGCGUUCACAGUCAGCCCACUGACACCCCUAUCAGAUCACAGCAAAAUCACAGUCUACUUGAACAGAGCAAUACUCAAUCAUGAGGCAUCAAAGCCAAAGGAACUGAAUAAUAUUAAGAUCUGCUAUAGAUGGAAGGAAAGUCGUGUAGAAACCUACCAAAAAACAAUGAGGCAACAACAAAUUCAAUCCCUUUUAGACAACUUCCUGGACAAAACGUUUCACUGUAAUAGUGAAGGUGUAAACUUGGCAGUAGAAAACCUAAACAGUAUAUUUGACCUCUCAGCUUCCCUAUCAAAUCUAAAAAUGUCUAACAGAAAAGCAAAGAAAAUUAACAACAAUGACAAAUGGUUUGAUGAAGAAUGCAAAAACCUACGAAAGAAAUUGAGAAACCUAUCCAAACAAAAACAUAGAGACCCAGAAAACCAGAGCCUACGCCUUCACUAUGGUGAAUCACUAAAACAAUACAGAAAUACACUACAGAAAAAGAAGGAACAUCACGUCAGAAAUCAGCUCAAUGUAAAUUAAGAAUCCAUAGACUAACCACUUCUGGGAAAAUUGGAAAACACUAAACAAACAACAACACGAAUAGUUAUCUGUCCAUAACGGAGAUGUAUGGGUAAACCAAUUCUCCAAUGUUUUUGGCCCUAUAACAAAGAACAAACAGCAAAAACAUAUACAUGAUCAAAUACAAAUUUUAGAAUCAACUAUUAAAGACUACCAGAACCCACUGGAUUAUCCAAUUACAUUGAGUGAACUACAGGACAAAAUACAAACCCUCCAACCCCAAAAGGCCUGUGGUGUUGAUGGUAUCCUCAAUUAAAUGAUAAAAUAUACAGACCACAAAUUCCAAUUGGCUAUACUUAAACUCUUUAACAUCAUCCUUAGCUCUGGCCUCUUCCCCAAUAUUUGGAACCAAGGACUGACCACCCCAAUCCACAAAAGUGGAGACAAAUUUGACCCCAAUAACUACCGUGGGAUAUGCGUCAACAGCAACCUUGGGAAAAUCCUCUGCAUUAUCAUUAACAGCAGACUUGUACAUUUCCUCAGUGAAAACAAUGUACUGAGCAAAUGUCAAAUUUGCUUUUUACCAAAUUACUGUACGACAGACCACAUGUUCACCCUGCACAUCCUAAUUGACAAACAAACAAACCAAAACAAAGGCAAAGUCUUCUCAUGCAUUGUUGAUUUCAAAAAAUAAUUUGACUCAAUUUGGCAUUAGGGUUUCCUUUACAAAUUAAUGGAAAGUGGUGAUGGGGAGAAAACAUACAACAUUAUAAAAUCCAUGUACACAAACAACAAGUGUGAGGUUAAAAUUGGCAAAAACACACACAUUUCUUUCCACAGGGCUGUGGGGUGAGACAGGGAUGCAGCUUAAGCCCCACCCUCUUCAACAUAUAUAUCAACGAAUUGGCGAGGGCACUAGAACAGUCUGCAGCACCCGGCCUCACCCUACUACAAUCUGAAGUCAGAUGACUACUGUUUGCUGAUGAUCUGGUGCUUCUGUCCCCAACCAAGGAGGGCCUACAGCAGCACCUAGAUCUUCUGCACAGAUUCUCAGUAAGACAAAAAUAAUGGUGUUCCAAAAAAGGUCCAGUUGCCAGGACCACAAAUACAAAUUCCAUCUAGACACCGUUGCCCUAGAGCACACAAAAAACGAUACAUACCUCGGCCUAAACAUCUGCGCCAUAGGUAACUUCCACAAAGCUGUGAACGAUCUGAGAGACAAGGCAAGAAGGGCCUUCUAUGGCAUCAAAAGGAACAUCAAAUUCGACAUACUAAUUAGGAUCUGGCUAAAACUACUUGAAUCAGUUAUAGAACCCAUUGCCCUUUAUGGUUGUGAGGUCUGGGGUCUGCUCAGCAACCAAUAAUUCACAAAGUGGGACAAACACCAAAUUGAGACUCUGCAUGCAGAAUUCUGCAAAAAUAUCCUCCGUGUACAACGUAAAACACCAAAUAAUGCAUGCAGAGCAGAAUUAGGCCGAUACCCGCUAAUUAUCAAAAUCCAGAAAAUAGCCAUUAAAUUCUACAACCACCUAAAAGGGAACGAUUAACAAACCUUCCUUAACAAAGCCAUCACCUACAGAGAGAUGAACCUGGAGAAGAGUCCCCUAAGCAAGCUGGUCCUGGGGCUCUGUUCACAAACACAAACAGACCCCACAGAGCCCAAGGACAACAACACAGUUAGACCCAACCAAAUCAUGAGAAAACUAAUAUAUAAUUACUUGACACAUUGGAAAGAAUUUACAAAAAAACAGAGCAAACUAGAAUGCUAUUUGGCCCUAAACAGAGAGUACACAGUGGCAGAAUACCUGACCACUGUGACUGACCCAAAAUUAAGGAAAUCUUUGACUAUGUACAGACUCAGUGAGCAUAGCCUUACUAUUGAGAAAGGCCGCCAUAGGCAGACCUGGCUCUCAAGAGAAGACAAGCUAUGUGCACACUGCCCACAAAAUGAGGUGGAAACUGAGCUGCACUUCCUAACUUCCUGCCAAAUGUAUGACCAUAUUAGAGACACAUACUUCCCUCUGAUUACACAGACCCACAAAGAAUUAAAAAACAAAUCCAAUUUGGAUAAACUCCCAUAUAUAUUGGGUGAAAUACCACAGUGUGCAAUCACAGCAGCAAGAUUGGUGACCUGUUGCCACAAGAAAAGGGCAACCAGUGAAGAACAAACACUAUUGUAAAUACAAGCUAUAUUUAUGUUUAUUAUUCCUUUUUGUACUUUAACUAUUUGCACAUCAUUAUAACACAAUAUUUAGACAUAAUGACAUUUGAAAUGUCUUUAUUAUUUUGUGUAAUGUUUACUGUAAAUGUUUUAUUGUUUAUUUCACUUUUGAUUAUUAUCUAUUUCACUUGCUUUGGCAAUGUAAACAUAUGUUUCCCAUGCCAAUAAAGCCCUUAAAUUGAGAGAGAGAGAGAGAGAGAGAGAGAGGUGUCUGUAAUAAUCUCUGGCUCUCUGUGUGGCAUUAUCACAUGUAAAGUAUAUGAAAUAAUUAAAUAAGAUGAUUUAUAAUAAAAUAAAAUAGAAUGACAAAGCUUAGACCCAUCUUUGCAGUUUUGUGAUUAUUUUGGCAUUUAUCUUAACUUUUUUUGCACAAAAUGUAUCCCCUAUAAUUAUGAUCUAAAAAAAAAAACGUUUGAACAUCAGAUCGGUAGUUACUAACCUCAAUUCCGGCUUCGACUUCGACUUCGACUCAUCCACCCUUGGCUCUUUAUGUAGCUCCGAUCCAAUCCUCGGGCUAGCCAAGAGGAACGCCAGUGAAAAAGAUGCAAGAGAUUGGGCGUCCUGUUGAGACUAAGGUGAAGGGAAAACUGGCCACCACUUUCCUCCAUUCUAUGGUCCAAUUGGUAAUAAAAUGGAUGACCUCCGAUCGCAGAUUUGCUAUCAACGGGACUUUCGUAAUUGCAAUAUCAUCUGUUUUUCUGAAACAUGGCUUUCGGACAAGAUAUCCCCCAUGGCUAUCCAACUCAAUGGAUUCUCCAUUCUCUGAGUGGACAGGUCAUUGGAUUCAGGGAAAUCGAGAGUGGGAGGGGUAUGUUUAUUCAUCAACAACAGAUGGUGUGAAGACCCUAGCACAGUACAAGUCUCAACCUAUUGUUCACCUGUCUUUGAAUACCUGAUGGUCAAAUGCUGACCCUUCUACCUCCAGAGAGAGUUUUCAUCUGUUAUCUUGACUGCUGUAUAUAUUUCACCUCAGGACAACAACAACAACUUCACUGACAUUGUCAAACUCUCCCUGACCCAGUCAGUAAUACCUACAUGUUUCAAGCAGACCACCAUAGUCCCUGUGCCCAAGAACGCCAAGGUAACCUGUCUAAAUUACUAUCGCCCUGUAGCACUCACAUCUGUAGCCAUGAAAUGCUUUGAAAGGCUGGUUAUGGCUCACAUCAACACCAUCAUCCCAGACACCCUGGACCUAUUCUAAUUUGAAUACCGCCCCAACAGAUCCACAGAUGAUGCAAUCUCUAUUGCACUCCACACUGCCAUUUCCCACUUGGACAAAAGGAACACCUACAGUUGAAAUCUGAAGUUUACAUACACCUUAGCCAAAUACAUUUAAACUCAGUUUUUCACAAUUCCUGACAUUUAAUCCUAGUAAAAAUGCCCUGUCUUAGGUCAGUUAGGAUCACCACUUUAUUUUAAGAAUGUGAAAUGUCAGAAUAAUAGUAGAGAGAAUUAUUUAUUUCAGCUUUUAUUUAUUUCAUCACAUUCUCAGAAGUUUACAUACACUCAAUUAGUAUUUGGUAGCAUUGCCUUUAAAUUGUUUAACUUGGGUCAAACAUUUCGGGUAGCCUUCCACAAGCUUCCCACAAUAAGUUGGGUGAAUUUUGGCCCAUUCCUCCUGACAGCGCUGGUGUAACUGAGUCAGGUUUGUAGGCCUCCUUGCUCGCACACGCUUUUUCAGUUCUGCCCACACAUUUUCUAUAGGAUUGAAGUCAGGGCUUUGUGAUGGCCACUCCAAUACCUUGACUUUGUUGUCCUUAAGCCAUUUUGCCACAACUUUGGAAGUAUGCCAGUAUUGUCCAUUUGGAAGACCCAUUUGCGAACAAGCUUUAACUUCCUGACUGAUGUCUUGAGAUGUUGCUUCAAUAUAUCCACAUAAUUUUCCUUCCUCAUGAUGCCAUCUAUUUUGUGAAGUGCACCAGUCCCUCCUGCAGCAAAGCACCCCCACAGCAUGAUGCUGCCACCCCCGUGCUUCAUGGUUGGGAUGGUGUUCUUCGGCUUGCAAUGUCCACCUUUUUCUUCCAAACAUAACGAUGUUCAUUAUGGCCAAACAGUUCUAUUUUUGUUUCAUUAGACCAGAGGACAUUUUUCCAAAAAGUAAGAUCUUUGUCACCAUGUGCAGUUGCUAACCGUAGUGGCGGUUUUGGAGCAGUGGCUUCUUCCUUGCUGAGCGGCCUUUCAGGUUAUGUCGAUAUAGGACUCGUUUUACUGUGGAUAUAGAUACUUUUGUACCUGUUUCCUCCAUCAUCUUCACAUGGUCCUUUGCUGUUGUUUUGAGAUUGAUUUGCACUUUUUGCACCAAAGUACGUUCAUCUCUAGGAGACAGAACGCGUCUCCUUCCUGAGCGGUAUGACGGCUGCGUGGUCCCAUGGUGUUUAUACUUGUGUACUAUUGUUUGUACAGAUGAACGUCAGAAGCUUCUAAAGCCAUGACAUAAUUUUCUGGAAUUUUCCAAGCUGUUUAAAGGCACAGUCAACUUAGUGUAUGUAAACUUCUGACCCACUGGAAUUGUGAUACAGUGAAAUAAUCUGUCUGUAAACCAUUGUUGGAAAAAUUACUUGUGUCAUGCACAAAGUAGAUGUCCUAACCGACUUGCCAAAACUAUAGUUUGUUAACAAGAAAUUUGUGGAGUGGUUGAAAAACUAGUUUUAAUGACUCCAACCUAAGUGUAUGUAAACUUCGAUUUCAACUGUAUGUGAGAAUUAUUAUAAUUUAUAUUUAACUUGUAUUUAUUCAGGGGAACCUAUUGAGACCAGGGUCUCAUUUACAAUGGUGCCCUGAGGACAACAAUCCAACAAAUUCAAAAUGAUCAAUAAAAAUACUGAAAACUAUAAAUUACAAAAUCAACACUACAGCUUCAAUCACCACAAAUGCAAGGAUUGACAUUAAAUCCAAACAGUUGCAAUUCUCAUUAAAUUCAUUCAACAUUUAAGUCUUAAACCACCCUAGAUUCACCAGAAAGUCAAGAUGUAGGGAGUUUUGUAGGCUAUUCCAAAAAUCAGCGGCACUAAAACUGAAGGCGGAUUUGCCUUCAUCGGUACGUACUAGUGGAACCUUGAGAGUUAAGCAUCCCUGUGAACGGGUUUGGUGUCUCAUACUUUUACAUUUGAAUAGUGAAGUGAGGUAGGUCGGAGGCUUGUGUAGUAAAGCUUUGUAAACAUGUAUUUGUUGUCAAUGUUUUGGCGUCAAACUGAUGGCAGUUGUGAAAAAGGUCAAUGGUUGGAAGAGUUCCAGAGUUAAUAGAAAAUAAUGCCAUUGUUGAUUAGAUGCUUUUUUCAUUAAUUUUAUCUACUAGAAACUCAUGGACAAUAUGGACACAGAUAUAAUAAAUAAACACUAAAACUUAAGAACGGGAAGCAUAGAAAUAGCGCACAUAGAACAUAUCUACUGCUUCUUAGACUUGCUUUCAAUAAGCAUGACAGAUCUAUAACUCACAUUUCUAUGUUAAUUUGGUUUGUUCGCCCAAAAAGUUACAUAUUGCAGCUUUAAGUGAUCUCUCAACAAUCAUUCUCAUCAUAGCACUUUGGUAAUAGUCAGUGACAAAUAUCAUAGGUAAUCAGGGAUGGGCUUGGUUAAGACCCUGGAUGUGAGACCAAAUGGUAGCUGUAGAUAGAUUAAUUCUCCAGUAGGAAGUGCUGCCCAGCCUAGUGUUUUUUUUCUGAUAGUGGAAGAUCUGUCGUUGUUUUAAAGGUACAAAUUCAACAUAUUUUAUACAAGGUUUGUCUAUGUUGAAAUUUGGUUACCAUGAUGACAUAAUCCUGUGGUUGAAAUUUCACCCUCAAAACAACAGUUUACGUUGAUUACUUUUUUCAAAUGCAAUGUAUUUUCCACGUAGAUUCCCCGUCACAAUACGUUGACAAAUUACGUUGAAACCGUUGAUUCAACCAGAUUGUGCACAUGGGGUUGGGGUCAAGUGAUAUUUUAUCAUCUCAUUAUCCAAUCAUUAUGCUCGUUGAGUAAGAUGCUAUCGAGGAUGAGUUUAAUGAGAUUUUGCCUCGGCCAAUAAUUGUGAAUUAUUUAUUCCAUUAUGAUAUGCCAACCACUGGGAUGGAGAUUAUAUAUAUUGCAGAAAGUGCCUGGGGAGAUGGAUGCUUGUAGCCUACAUUAGUUUUUUAUAUAUAAAUAUAUAUAUAUAUAUAUAUAUAUAUAUAUUAUUUUUUAUGGGGUAGAUCAGCUUUAAUAAUGUAGAUAGAUUGUAAUUGUCUGCAUCACUUCCAAUCCCCCAUAUAUUUUUUUAUAUUUUUCUUGCAUAUAUAUAUAUAUAUAUACAGUGAGGGAAAAAAGUAUUUGAUCCCCUGCUGAUUUUGUACGUUUUCCCACUGACAAAGACAUGAUCAGUCUAUAAUUUUAAUGGUAGGUUUAUUUGAACAGUGAGAGACAGAAUAACAACAAAAAAAUCCAGAAAAACGCAUGUCAAAAAUGUUAUAAAUUGAUUUGCAUUUUAAUGAGGGAAAUAAGUAUUUGACCCCUCUGCAAAACAUGACUUAGUACUUGGUGGCAAAACCCUUGUUGGCAAUCACAGAGGUCAGACGUUUCUUGUAGUUGGCCACCAGAUUUGCACACAUCUCAGGAGGGAUUUUGUUCCACUCCUCUUUGCAGAUCUUCUCCAGGUCAUUAAGGUUUCGAGGCUGACGUUUGGCAACUCAAACCUUCAGCUCCCUCCACAUAUUUUCUAUGGGAUUAAGGUCUGGAGACUGGCUAGGCCACUCCAAGACCUUAAUGUGCUUCUUCUUGAGCCACUCCUUUGUUGCCUUGGCCGUGUGUUUUGGGUCAUUGUCAUGCUGGAAUACCCAUCCACAGCCCAUUUUCAAUGCCCUGGCUGAGGGAAGGAGGUUCUCACCCAAGAUUUGACGGUACAUGGCCCCGUCCAUCGUCCCUUUGAUGCGGUGAAGUUGUCCUGUCCCCUUAGCAGAAAAACACCCCCAAAGCAUAAUGUUUCCACCUCCAUGUUUGACGGUGGGGAUGGUGUUCUUGGGGUCAUAGGCAGCAUUCCUCCUCCUCCAAACACGGCGAGUUGAGUUGAUGCAAAGAGCUCGAUUUUGGUCUCAUCUGACCACAACACUUUCACCCAGUUCUCCUCUGAAUCUUUCAGAUGUUCAUUGGCAAACUUCAGACGGCCCUGUAUAUGUGCUUUCUUGAGCAGGGGGACCUUGCGGGCACUGCAGGAUUUCAGUCCUUCAUGGCGUGAUGUAUUACCAAUUGUUUUCUUGGUGACUAUGGUCCCAGCUGCCUUGAGAUCAUUGACAAGAUCCUCCCGUGUAGUUCUGGGCUGAUUCCUCACCGUUCUCAUGAUCAUUGCAACUCCACGAGGUGAGAUCUUGCAUGGAGCCCCAGGCCGAGGGAGAUUGACAGAUAUUUUGUGUUUCUUUCAUUUGCGAAUAAUCGCACCAACUGUUGUCCCCUUCUCACCAAGCUGCUUGGCGAUGGUCUUGUAGCCCAUUCCAGCCUUUUGUAGGUCUACAAUCUUGUCCCUGACAUCCUUGGAGAGCUCUUUGGUCUUGGCCAUGGUGGAGAGUUUGGAAUCUGAUUAAUUGAUUGCUUCUGUGGACAGGUGUAUUUUAUACAGGUAACAAACUGAGAUUAGGAGCACUCCCUUUAAGAGUGUGCUCCUAAUCUCAGCUCGUUACCUGUAUAAAAGACACCUGGGAGCCAGAAAUCUUUCUGAUUGAGAGGGGGUCAAAUACUUAUUUCCCUGAUUGAAAUGCAAAUCAAUUUAUAACAUUUUUUACAUGCGUUUUUCUGGAUUUUUUUGUUGUUAUUCUGUCUCUCACUGUUCAAGUAAACCUACCAUUAAAAUUAUAGACUGAUCAUUUCUUUGUCAGUGGGCAAACGUACAAAAUCAGCAGGGGAUCAAAUACUUUUUUCCCUCAGUGUAUAUAUAUACACAUACAUACAUAUAUAUACAUACAUAUCCUUUAAAAAUAUAUAUAUUUCCCUUUAUUACUUUUCAACCCCACCAUCCCCUCCCUAAUUGGAGUAAACUAGUGAACAACAAUGCUUAGGCCUCUACUUCAUGCUUAUACAUACUAUAUACAUUUUAUGGACACUUAUGGAUAUUUUGUUUGUUUUUUCCUCCUGAACUUCCUCUGAUCAUUUUCAUGAUGUCCAUCUGGUAUGCUUCUAAAUGCCAUAUCUUUCUAAGUGUGCUCUUUCACAAAAGCUCACAAUAUAUAACCUAUAUACUUAUUAUGGACACAGCAUGUCUUACACUAGUUAUCUUGUUGUUAUUAGUUGUUGUUAUUAGUCCCAUCCUUCAGCUCCAUUCAACACCUCCCAUCUAUCUCUUAACACCAUCCAUAUUGGAUUUCUAUUUGCCAUAUAUUUUUCAACUGUACUGUGAUGUUUUACAAAAGUUCUGAACCUUUCUAUUCUCAUAGUUUCUACAGUUUGUGAAUUGAAAAUAAACAUCUUUGCUAAAAGUAUUAUUAUAUUAUUGAUCAAUUGACUAUGACUUUUCAGAUCACCCAGUAGUGCUAUCUGCAGGGUCAGCUCCAUGCAAAUAUUGCAAUCCUUCAGCCAUUCCUGGACCUGUGUCCAGAAACAAGCUACAAAUGGACAGUACCAAAACAAAUGAUCUAAUGAUUCUGUCUCUUCACAGCCAAAUCUGCAGAGCUGGGACGAUUGUAUCCCCCAUACAAAUAACAUUAUAUUGGUAGCAAGAAUUUUAUAUAAUAAUUUAAAUUGAAGUUUUGAAUCCGGCAUCGUUUUACGUAUCAGUUCAUAAACACUGUGCCAUGGAAUCGGUACGUCAAAAAUCUCUUCCCAACUAUUUUGCAAUCUAUAUGGGACGGCUGUCAAUCUUUUGGUCCUUAAAUGAAACUGGUAAACUGUUUUAUUUAUCACAAUUUUCUUUAACCAAUUAUGUUCUUUAAUGCAAGGCCGACAGACAAGUUCCUUACUUUUUCCUCCUUCCACUUUCCUCUUCCAUUUUUGCGGUAAUGCUGCAAUUAUUUGGUUGUAGCCUACAUUUUAACAACCAAUCCAAUGACAUGUGGAAUAGUGGCAGGCCCAAUUGCAUCUGAUUAAAAACUGACUGGCGUUGACCAUUAAAAAAUACCACUCAUUUAAUUAAAAGAUUAGAAAAACAUCCUUCCGAGAUUUAUUAUGAUAUCGACCUCAUUCUUAGAUUAUUGAUUUAUUUGAAGGGUUAUCUUCAAAGCAAUAGCCCUAUGUGCAUGUCAAUGUAAGGAGAGAAAUGACUGUCCUCUCGAUAGGCACUGAGUACUUUUUGAAUCAUCCACUUUUAGCUGAUUAGCAUUAUUCAGGUCGGUACCCAAGAAUACCCCCUGGGUGCAAGUGAGGUUAUUAAGACAUAAUGAUAGUGCGCUACUGCGAGAAGCAACUUGGAGACAUAUUUGCCUGAGAUAUUCAUAUCCACAAUCAAAGUGUUUUGAGAAAGAGGGUGAAUGGCGAAGCGAUUUCCAAAUGAAUAAGCAUAAAUGAUAAAGAGGCAGCAAUUACAGAGUCAUUGAGUGAAUCCUCCACCCUUGCUGGCUGUCAAUGACUGAGGGUUGAAGGGAAUGAUCAGGGAUAAUUGGCCUAAACAUGGCCGUGGGACAAAGAGAUAGAGCUGGUUCAAAAAGCCUCUCAAUUGAACUGAAGGAGAGAGUUGAAAGGAGAGUGAGUGAGAGAGAGAGGUGGAGAGAGAGAGAGAGAGACAGAGCGACUGCGAGAUAGAAUGUAGAGCGAGAGCAGGAUCGGAGAGAGAGAGAGAAACUGAGGGAGAUACAGUAAGAGAAAGAGAAAGGGUGAGAAAGCAUCCUACUCUGGGGAGCUCUGUCUCAUGCUCUGACAAGUCUACCCAGGGAACCAAGUUUCAAGUUUCAAGUUGUAUUAGUUGUAUGUACAGGAUACUCAUGGUAUACACCAUCCAACAAAAAGGAUCCUUGCAGGAUCCUUACGUGCUGGAACCAGGCACAGCAGCUCUGUUAUGUUAUUGUGGGCUUCUUGUGAGCUCCCUGCUAUACUAUGUGCCAUGACAGCUGUGCUAUUACUUCCUUCCUCUGAUCACACUGCCUGUCUGUCAUGUCAAUGCUGGCAACAACCUUCUCCUUGAGAAGUUUUUCGGUGAUAGACAUAUGCAAAACAACAAAUCGUCGGCUUCCUCACAAAAACAACAGUUGAUCUUUGCUGUGGAAAUGAUCAAAUGUGCUGUUGCCUGUUACAUCAUCAAAUCCUAUCUUAAUUGGGGUGAAACAAAAGCACUCUGUGUGAAAACGAUUAAUAAUUAACUAAACUAAGUCAGACAACUUAUGCUUUGUGACGUGUGUUGAAGAGAGUGGCUGUGAGACUGUCAGUGCAUCGUGCACACCCAACACACAUCAGAUCCUCUUUAUUCAAUCCAAUGUAAUUUGGCUGAAGUGGUGUUUCUUUUUACAGCCAUCUGUUCGAGGAACCCCUUCAGCCCUGGCCUGAACCUCCCUAAAAUAAUAACCUGGGAUGAAUGUAGGUGAAUUGGGAUCUGUUUUAGGUUUGUCUCUCGUGACAGCCUUAGCUGAUUUGGUUCUGGGUGCCAAGAUUACCCUUAAAUUGAUAACAAGAAACAUUUUUAAGAUUGAGACUAGAGGAACCAGACUCUAGAGAAUGAACCCAUCCUCCCACUGGCAAGUCGAACAAGAAGGCCCAGGCGCUGCAUUCCCCCACGAGCUGCUCUGUUCUGUUCUGUUGUGUUCACACCCAGUGACACAUCAUCACCAGGCAGGGUCAGAGACCUCCUGGGCAUCAGGACCUUGUCACAACUCCUCACAUUCAGGCCCUCGAGCAGUGUUUACCCCUUCAUUCUCCCUCUCUCUUUUCUCUCUCUUUUUUUCUCUCAACUAUUUUUCCUCAUCUCUCCUUCAUUUCGACCACUGCAUUGUGCAUCCCCUUCACAUCACCCCCAUGGGCAUGACAAUUCUCAUUAUCUUUUCAUGCGCUCUCUCUAUCCUCCACUCCUCCGCCCUUUUCCCUCCUUCUCACCUUCCCCUGGCAUCCCUCUUCAUCCCUUGUUUCGUGAGCGCCAGGUUUUCUAAAAAAGAUGUCUUGGCCAAGAGAGGUGAGGUGAACAUUUUAGGAGCAUGUGAAAUCACUUAAGGGGCAGCGCUGAAGGUGAUCCCUCAUGCCUUUGUGAUGAGGCAUGCAUGCUGUACCAAAUGAGUUUCAUUCCCUUUGCUGAAUACAGUGUAUUUAGUGCUGACCAGCUCAGAAGUCUGAUCGAUGGUGAAGAUAACCACUUUACCUAAAGCAGUGUAUGAAUACUCAUAAAGCUUAUGAAGGAGAGUAAUGAAGUAAUGCUAUAGGCUAACCAAAGCCCAGAUGUCAGCACUGGGCCUGCCAAAUAGACCAGGAAAGUAGAGUGCAUGUAAUUGUAUGUUUACAUAUGCUGACAGGCACACACACACACACACACACACACACACACAAACACUCAGGCAUAUGCAUGCGCACGCAAGCACACACAGACACAGGCACAAACACACACUUGCACACUCACACUCGCACACACACUCGCACACUCGUACACACACACACACCUUCAUGACUCAAACUGACCAAGAGGGACAAGAGGAACUGACCCGUUUUUUUAAAAUGUUUUAUUAGCUUUUCCAUUUCUUCACAAAAUACAGCAAAAUAGAUUAUAGGCAGCAUAGAAAACACAUCCAAGGAAGUGCAUAAGUUUAAGCUGUAUGAAGGCAUUUCUCUACCAUCGAUUCUAAGCUUACCCUUUUAUGCCUUAGCACAGUCUGAUAACCCUAUCCAAACCCCUCAUUGAAACCUGCCUCCAGAUGAGAGAUCAGUGGUGUUGCUCAAUAGCGUUCUAUUUGCCCAGACCUGAGAGAGAGAGAGAGAGAGAGAGAGAGAGAGAGAGAGAGAGAGAGAGAGAGAGAGAACGGAAAAAUGCUCUUUAUGAAUACAUUUCGGAUGGGGGUAGAAAAACAGUGUGUCUUAAAAUAGCUCUGUGCUGGCUGCACGAAUCUGCUCUGCGCAUGGUUUAUUUAUCCGGAGGAUUAGUGCAGGUGACUGGAUGGCUGGCUUUCUGUGCUGUGGGGGUUUGAUGUAGGUUGGCAUGGGCCUCUCUGAAUCAGACCCAUUUGAUGCUGCUCUGAGGGACAGGCAGAGACAUGAGAGGGGAGCUCUGGUGGUGGAAUUUUAA